AUGCAGUUGCUACUUAACCUUGCGGCAUCCGACCUCCUCGCUUCAUUCGGCAAUGUCUUCACAAGUGCCUCAAGCUACUAUGGAAAUUGGAGGUUCCCGGAUACCAUCUGCCAAGUCUACGCCUUCCUCAGCUUCACGACCUUCUUGGUAUCAGGAAGUUUCUAUUCUACCGUGAUUGAUAAGUGCUUCUAUACGGAAUUGAAACAAAUCAUCUGUAUUGGCAUCACUCCACACUCUGGCAUAAGGGCAGUUCCAAAGUUGAGCAGUGUGGCAACCCAGGUCGCCAUAUGCAUUCAUCGGUAUAUGGUUGUCUUCAAGCACGACAUCACAUACGCCAUCUUCUGCUACGUAUUGCCGAUCAUGCUGGUGGCCACUCUGUACACGAUCGUGUUGCGCCACGUGGUGCGAUACUACCCGAACAUCAUCCACAUGCAAGGAGUGGUCACGAGGACAGAGGGUACCUUCAUCAGUCGCAACUGCCUCGGUCUGAAGCCUAUGGAAGUCCAUCUUCUCAAGAUGAACAUAGUGAUGGUGUGCGUGCUGAUUUUUGUGUGGACCCCAUACACGGUGAUUUCAAUUUUGUCCGUGUUGAAUCCUGAUUUACCGCCCAUCAUGUACUUGUUCCUGACGAUGUUCGCCAAGUCGCGGUGCGUCUGGAACCCCUUGAUCUACUUUCUGAUGAACGCCCAGCUUCGUCGGGAGAUGCUGUCCAUGACGUGCAGGGCCUCCUGCCGGUACCAGGAAUCCACCACGCCCAUCGCUCUUCCUGACUCGAGGAAUCGCGCCUUGCAGAUGUUCAACUUGACCAACAUACCCCAGAGAAAUGUGGCCUAUAAAGCCACCUCUCUUUAG